AUGCCCGAAUCUAUCAUCAAAAUCCUUCGGUUUGAGGGUAAGGCUGAUGGUUGGUUCGACCCGCCGCGAGAGAUCUUCGAUGUGCCGAGAGAGCAAGUUUUCUCAGCGGCACGCAUAACUGUAGUCGGAGAGUUUCAGAGCACAGUGCAUGAGGUCUCCAUAUUUAUAACGGCAGGACCGGAUAACAUCUUUGUUAAUAGCAUCAACACCGUGGUAACAGACAAAAAGCCAUCCGUCAAGGGAGACACCACUCUCUCUCAUCUUGUGCCAGGCGUACUAUACAACGUCAACAUAACGGCCAAAGGAUUUGCAACUGGUGAGCGUACGUUGAUUACAGUUGAGCUCCUCGAGCUAGACUCAACUGUCGCAAAUGUCACGCGCGACAUUCUUCUAGAGACUGAGUCGCAGGCUCGUCAAAACAAUGCAACCGUUAAUGCACUCACCUUUGGGAUUUCCGAAGCGUCUUUCGCGCACUUUAUGGUACCCCCGAAAAGCUUUCCCGAGGUAGAAAUUGGCCGGGUACCAUUCCUCAAGGUCCGAUUGAGCAUGGAAACCCUAAAUUACCCGUGGUACCCCAUUUUAUAUAUUGAUGUAUCUGCUGAGGAGCUCGUCAUGGCGGGCUACCUACAGCUCGCCUUUUAUCGCAGCACCGAUCAGGCGCCAUUUUCCCAACCCGUCGCAGUGGUGUUAGCGCAGGUAUUAGUACGGUGCAGACCGGCCAUGGUCACCACGACCGAAGACAGUCUCGAGCUCCAAUUUAGACACGCCGACCUACUAAACCCACCAUCUAUCCUCAUUCAUGAUCCGAGCGCCGAAACUGGGGUUCUGGGUGGCGGGUAUCCAAGCAUUGCCGACUUUGAGGCACAGGUCAACGGCUACGUAACCCAGAUGAUCACCAAGGACGGGCCCCUCGGCUUCGCCCUUCCAGCCUAUCUCGAAUCCCGCGCUUUGCCUGAUUAUUGGGACCACGUGCUCAACAUGAGAUUGGAGUUCCUGAAAUUCAAGUACGAGACCGUUCAAGUUCACGGCCGUCCAGUAUCAUAUCUUUUCAUCAUAUUCUCUAUGAACAGCCUGGGUCUGCCACCGGCCUGUCAUUGCGAUGAACCAUCGGUAAUGGAUACCGCAUCCGAGAUGGGUGACAACUUGGCCCCUACGGUUUUCGAGGCUCUGCAGCACCAGGCAAAGCAAGGACGGCCGUUGUCAAAGAUAUGGAGCAAGGUGACGUCAGGGCGUACCGAUUAUACCGCCAUCUUGGGUGCCGCGCAGGUUGCAGCUUUUGGAAUGAGCCAGAAAACAUUCCGGGAAGCCGCAAAGCCGUACGCUUUCUUUGGUCAUGACCAGAGCUCGUCGACAUCGAAGAACGGGGCCGUGUAUGCGUCGGUGCGUUUCUGGUACAGCGUCUCACUCAAGAAGGCCGAGAUCACAGAUCAAGGUAUUAGGGCUGUGAUUGACAUUGCAGGUGAGGGAUCCGCCAAGGCGGCUGUGAGGGACAAAUGUGGCCAUGAUGUGCUCCGUGCCAGCGAGCGCCUCCGAAUCACCCUCCGGAACAACUCCAUAAAGUGGCGCCCCAGUAUUGAGUUCACAAGCAAAAAUCCCAGAGAGAUAACUAUCGCCGCUAUUGCUGACGCGCAUGACGUGGGCAAGCCUGAAGUUGAGCUUGACUUUGUGGGGGGGCCGCCACCGCCGCUAGAUCAAACCAUCGACUGGGUCCUCACGCAGAUUGCAGAGGGCACCAAGGGCAGUCUGGGCAAAAUGGCAUCUGACCAGUUGACUAUCCGGCUGGUUCGUUCUCUCGAGGACAAUGGCGCCAUCCGGUUGCAAUUUGUUGAGAAUGACUUUUUCAAAGACGAAGCUCUCGUGCUCCUGGGUCGCCUUUGGUCCAGAGGUUGGGAAUAG